AUGAACUACCUUCGCCGGCGCCUGUCAGACAGCAGCUUUGUUGCCAACCUACCCAAUGGCUACAUGAUGGAUCUACAGAGGCCAACCCCUCCAGGUUCAUCCACGUCUUCUCCUGCCUCCCCGGCCACAGAGAGGCGACAGCCACCCAGCAUCCCCAGCCAGACCCAGGGCCCAACAUCGGGCUCAGGCACAGGCUCCGGCUCGGCUUCGGGCGCAGGGAGCUUCCUCAGCUCCUUCUCCAGUGUGGUGAAGAGCGCCCAGAUGGCCCAGAAUGUUGCAGCCGCAGCACACGCCAAGUCAGCAGCAGCAGCAGCUGAAGGAGCCAGUCAGCCACCCAAGCCUGUCAUACGCAAGCCCAAGAUCCUGCUGGUCAUCGAUGAUCAACACACAGACUGGGCAAAGUACUUCAGAGGCAAGAAGCUGAAUGGAGAGUACGAGAUCCGAGUGGAACAGGCUGAGUUCUCAGAGAUCAACCUGGCCUCCUACGUCAACUCGGGAUGUAUGGUGGACAUGCAGGUCAACAAAGGUGGCACCAAAGUAGUCAGGUCCUUCAAGCCUGACUUUAUCCUGAUCCGCCAGCACGCCUACAGCAUGAUCCCAGGAGAGGACUUCAGGAACCUUGUGAUUGGCAUGCAUUUUGGUGGCGUCGCAAGCAUCAACUCUCUCUUCUCCAUCUACAACUUCUGCAGCAAACCUUGGGUGUUUUCUCAGAUGAUUAAGCUCUACCACUCCCUUGGUCCUGAGAAGUUUCCCCUGAAUGAACAAACCUUCUAUCCCAACCACACGCAGAUGGUUACAGCCCCCUCCUAUCCUGUGGUGGUGAAGAUGGGCCAUGCUCAUGCCGGCAUGGGAAAGAUCAAAGUUGAAAACCAACAGGACUUCCAGGAUAUCACCAGCGUGGUGGCAUUGGCUGGGACCUACGCCACCACUGAGCCCUACGUCCAGUCCAAGUAUGACAUCCGCAUCCAGAAGAUCGGCAACAACUACAAGGCUUACAUGAGAACAUCCAUUUCUGGCAAUUGGAAAGCAAACACAGGCUCUGCCAUGUUGGAACAGAUCGCCAUGACUGACAGAUACCGGCUGUGGGUGGACUCCUGCGCGGAGAUGUUUGGUGGCCUAGACAUCUGUGCAGUGAAGGCUGUUCAUGGAAAAGAUGGCAAUGACUAUAUCAUUGAGGUGAUGGACAGCUCCAUGUCUCUGAUUGGUGAACAUGUGGAGGAAGAUAAACAGCUGAUCACAGAGAUGGUCAUCAAUAAGAUGGCCCAGGUGCUGCUGGGAGUUUCCAUACCUCAGCCAUCCUCUAUUAAGGUACAUUUCAACAGUUACUACAACUGGGGACAUCGCUCUGCUUCCGCCUCUCCCUCCCAGUCAGCCCAUGGUUCACCACAGCGAGCCCGGUCAGCCACGACCUCACCCAGUCAGGCCUUCCAGCCCGGGCCCAUCCCUGCCCCUUCUGGACCUGGAGCUCAGAAACAGUCACCGCAGCUAAACAAAUCCCAGUCGCUGACCAACACCUUCACAGAGACGCUACGAGGAAACGUGACCGACGACGAGGCCAAAGCUGAGACCAUCCGCAGCCUCCGACAAUCCUUCGCCAGCCUCUUCUCCGACUAA